AUGGCUGUCUUUCUAUGGAUUUGUGCGUUAGUUUUAAUCUCAAGGAUACUCCAGCCGUGUGAAUGCUCAGUCGCCCAGGCUUCAUUUCGCACAAUUGAUGGUAGAUAUUUAGCGAAUCAUGUCAUCAAAACAAAACACACUGAAACUGAGUUAGAAUGCAGUAUGCAUUGUGUUGCUCAUGGAUCAUGUGUGUCUGUUAAUUACAAAACAUCUGGAAUCGGUAAAGGUCGAUGUGAGCUCAACAGCAAGACCCUUCAAGACACAUCAGACGAUGAUAACAAUAUGAACAACAACACUUAUUUCAAACAUCUUUAUAUAAUCAAAAAGGUAACUUCGAAACAAAUUGCAGCGAACAGUGCACAGUCAUCACAAAAUCUCUCUACAGGGAUUUCAAAUUUUGUCAACAAAUCUUGCACGACUUUACGAACGAAAUAUCCUUUAGCUGAUAGUGGAAUGUAUUCCAUAAAGCCUCAAGGACUCAACCUCACGGUUCAAGUGUUUUGUGACAUGACUUCAAAGAAUGGUGUUGGUGUGACAGAGAUUGGACAUAACAGCGAAGCAAGAACAUUUGUGGACGGAUAUAAUCCUCCAGGUUCUUACAAAAGAAAGAUUAAAUAUGAUCUUUCCAUGGAGCAUAUUGUUGCUAUUAUCAACCAGUCGAAGAAUUGUGAGCAGUUUUUAAAAUAUGAAUGUCAUAAUAGCAUAUUGUUUAGAGAUAAGGAUAAUGGUUGGUGGGUAUCGCGUCAAGGUUCAAAGAUGAAUUACUGGGGUGGAGCGGCAGUCGACAGUGGAAAGUGUUCAUGUGGAAUGACCAACAGCUGUGCAGGUGGAGGAAAAUGUAAUUGUGACAAGAAUGAUCACAUAUGGCGCGAAGAUAGUGGAUACCUGACAGACAAGAAUACGCUGCCUGUUACUAAUUUGAGAUUUGGGGAUACUGGUGGGAAAAAUGAACAUGGUUAUCAUACGCUGGGGAACAUUCGUUGCUGGGGGUAAA